AUGGCAUCGACUCUCUAUAACGGCCAUGUCAAUGGCGCGCCGAAUGGUGCCGCCAACGGCGCCCCCACGAGCAAGCGAUUCUCCGACGUGCCCGCCGUUCUCGAUAUUCCUGUACGCGACCAGGAAGAUGAAGCAGUCGAAAUUGAUCUGAUGAACUUGGUCGAUGAUCCGUCGGAUCUCUGCGAUCUUUUCGAGACAGAGCAAGCUGCGCGGACUUAUUGGAUGGCGGUUGCACUUGCCUACGCGAAACUACGACGGGUUGACUAUGCCAUCGAGAUGUUAAUCCGUGGUGGCAAUGCGAUGCAGAAUAUCAACCCCAGGGAUAAGCUCAGUAUGACUCCUUCAUCAUCCGGACCUGCUGGCUCAGCCGAUGCGGAUAAGGCAGAGCUCUUGAGAAAUGCUCUGAAAUCAUUCGAGGAUGCAAUUCGAGUUUCCCAGGGAAAGAACAUGCUGGCAACCAUGGGCAAGGCAAGAGUUCUAUUCUCUAUGGGCAAAUACCCUGACGCGCUUUCUGCAUAUCAGGAGGUGCUGCGCAAGAUGCCCGAUCUUGUGGAUCCUGACCCUCGCAUUGGUAUUGGCUGCUGCUUCUGGCAGCUCGGGUUCAAAGAUGAUGCAAAAUCAGCUUGGGAGAGAAGCUACGAGAUUAAUCCUGACUCGAAAGUCGCAAACAUCCUCCUGGGCCUCUACUAUCUCGACAGCAGCGGACGUGUUCCAAUCAACAGUCCGGAAUUCAUUCGUCUCUAUAAGAAAGCGAUGACUGAAUACACCCACAAAUCAUUCAAGCUUGACAGCAAUCUCCCACUUACAAAUGCAACCUUUGCUGGUUAUUUCCUGUCAAAGAAGAAUUUUGAUAAUGUUGACAAGCUGGCACACAAAGCUAUUCAAUUCACCGAUGUCAAUGCCAUUGCGAGCGACGGCUGGUAUCUCCUAGCGCGGAAAGAGCAUAUUAACGGAGAUGUGGAACGCGCUAAAGAAUUUUAUAAACGAGCUGAUGAUGCAAGAGGUGGUGAUGAGCGGGGAUACCUUCCUGCGAAGUUCGGAAUUGCUCAGCUUGCUGUGCUCAAGAAUGAGAUGGGCGAUGCCAGAUAUCACCUGGAUCGGAUCAUAUCAAAGUCGAAAAGCUACGAGGCAAUGGCUCUUCUGGGUAUUCUAUAUGCUGAAGAAGUGUUUGCGAAUCAGGAGGCUGCAGGCAGGGACGAGAACGUUACUGAACAAAUGAGAAGAGCUGUCUCUCUUUUGGAAAAUGUCAGAUCUGCCUGGAAGGAUCCCAAGAAGAAUCUAUCUCCAGAUGCUUCUGUUCUCCUCAAUCUCGCGCGUCUAUAUGAAAUUGAACAUCCCGAGAAAGCUCUCCAGUGUCUGCAGCAGGUGGAGCAAUUGGAGAUUGAUCAGAUCCCGCAGUCUGACUACCCUUCAGACGUUGAGGACGAAGCUGCUGUGCAUGCGGAACUUCGCAAAUUCCUCCCACCGCAGCUUCUCAAUAACAUUGGUUGUUUCUAUUCUCAAGCAGAGAAGCACGAACUUGCCAGUGACCUGUUUCAGGCAGCAUUGGGUGCGUGUAUCAGAAUUGGCGAGAAGGAUGAGACCCUGGACACAGAUGCUCUUGUGACAACGAUAAGCUUCAACCUCGGUCGAAGCUACGAGUCUAGGGGUCUGACUGAUAAGGCUAUUGAAGUUUAUGAAGGUCUUCUAAAACGCCAUGACGAUUACACCGAUGCUCGCAUCCGCCUUGCAUAUCUCAAGUUAAGGACGACUCCGGGUCAAGACGGGCCUGAUGCAGUUGCGAAGUUGUAUCAAGAGCACCCAACGGAUCUAGAUGUUCGAGCUCUCUAUGCAUGGUUUAGAGGCAAGAGUUCCAGGAAGAGGCCAGGCAGCCUUGGAAACCCUAAUGACGAUCCUGAAGGCCAUGUCUACAAGCGGACCCUGCAGAAUCAUGACAAGCAUGACCGUUAUGCACUUGUGGGCAUGGGUAAUCUAUGGCUUAUGGUCGCUCGCGAGAUGCGCAGGGAUACGGAUGCCGAAAAACAGAAACGAAGCGCGACCUACACCAAGGCCGUCGAGUUCUUCGACAAAGCUUUACAGGUGGAUCCGAAGAAUGCCUAUGCUGCUCAGGGCAUCGCGAUUGCAUUGGCUGAAGAUAAGAAGGACUAUAAGACAGCCUUAGCGAUCUUCUCAAAAGUUCGAGACACGGUCAGGGACGCUCAUGUCUUUGUCAACAUGGGCCAUACCCAUUCGGAGUUGGGUCAGUUCUCUAAGGCUAUUGAGUGCUAUGAGAUUGCCUUGUCAAAGGACGGCAAAUCGAACGACUCUAAUAUUCUAGCUUGCCUUGGUCGGACUUGGCUGAAUAAGGCACGAAAGGAAAAGAACCUAGACGCUUACAAGUCCGCCCUCGAAUGCGCCAAGAAGACCUUAGAAGCAGCUCCGGAGCAACUUCACUUUAAGUUUAACAUCGCCUUUGUGCAGAUACAGCUCGCUUCGUUUAUUGUCAAUAUCAAGGAACAUGAGCGUACACUACAGCAAUUAGAGGACGCUGCAGAAGGCCUUGAAGCUGCUAUCACAUCGCUAGACGAAAUUUCUACCCAGCCGCAGACUCCAUAUCCCAAGCAUGACAUUGAACAGCGUGCGAAUAUGGCCCGGAAUACUCAGCGCAAACAGCUGGAGCGUGCUAUCGCAGCCCAGAAGGAAUACGAAGAGAAGAACAAAGAGAAGUUAGCCGCAGCUCUAGAGCAGCGACAAGCCGAGCUUCGUCGGCGCGAGGAAGAGCGGCAGAAGGCUCUGGAUAAGGAGCGCGAGAGACAGGAGAAGAUCAGAAAAGAGCGUGAGGAAAUUGCAGCCCGCGAUAAAGUAAUGGCUGAGCAGCGUGCCGAGGAAGAGCGCGCGCGACAAGCAGCAGAGAUGACCACUGACAGCGAAACGGGAGAAAAGGUCAAGAGGAAGCGAAAACCAGCACCCAAAUCCAGUGGCGAGCCCCGCCAGAAAGGUCGGUCUAGACGAAAGAAGCCCGAGGAUGGCGAUGAGUCGGAAGAAGAGAGACAGCCAAAGCCGAAGAAGAGGCGUCUUGGCAAGAAGGAAUCAUCCAAAUACAAAUCUGCAGAGCUUGUCGCGGACAGCGACGAUGACAGUGACGUCCUUGACGCAGCAGACAGAGUUUCCGCACGAGACGAUACUCCAGCCUCACCCAUCUCCGAUGUUCCCACUCCAAAAUCAGAUGACCAGAUGGAUGUUGACAAUGAGGCGCGAGAUGACGAGGAUGAGGAAGGAACUGUGGGCAGGCGGCAGCAGUCAAAGCGAUCUAGAAGAGGUCGCAUUGUGAGCGAUGACGAGGACGAGGAAGACGAAGGGCCCGCAUCACCAAUCAACGGCGAUGACGCUGCAAGCCCAGGAGGAGGCUACGAGUCUCCGCCUGCAGAUACUAGCAUGGCUGAUGCUGGCGAUGAUGAUGACGAGUGA